UUGUUUUUGUCGAAAUUCCACAGCGUCUGGGGGAGCCCCUCGACAAGUUUCUCGAGCUCCUCGUCGUCAGAGAGUGACCGCACGGUCCACGCGAGUGCGUGGGUCUCAAUCUUGACAGGAGGAUGCAGUGCUUCUGAUUUUAUGGCCUCGGCCAUGCUCUGCGACUCUGUAUGGGUGUGGGUGUCUUCACGUGCAGGACGCUCGGCAGAGGCAUCGGCGCGUUCCUCGGGGUCUGUCAGAGCGACUGUGGUUCGUAUGUCGCUGCCGUGCCGUUUUGCAUGUUCGCGAGCUGAAGCGAGAUCUGGGUGAGCAGCGCGACGGUCUGGCCGCCUGAGUCCGGGUUCAACGUCUUGUAGCUAUCAAUGAUGAAUAUCGCGACAACGCCAGAGAAGAGACCCGCCUGAGGAGUCAGUUCCAGAGAAAGUGCUGUGCUUCUCCGUACACGCUGCCUCGCCGGAACAAUGAACGGUUCACAGCAACCGCGCGCCAACGCUUGCUGUAACAGAUUUAGACACAGCUAUCCAGGCUAUUGCAAGCUCGGACGGAAGAAUGAUUUGCGGGUGGCGCAUCCUAUGGCCAGCCAGUCGGCGCUGCCAGUAGAUUGACGGAUGGCAUCUACCUUCUUCUGUAUAUGAGAAGAGGAC